CAUUGUGGGAAGGAAGGUGGCCUUUCUCUGCAUGGGCUGGGAGAGAGAGGCAGCCGUGUUCAACAGCAACAACUGCGAUUGAUAGGGACAGGUAACUGCACAGGUACCACUGACGCAACGCGCCGGAUCAUGGGCCACAACGACUUGAUGAGCACCGCCGAGGACGUAGCGGAUCAGUUCCUCCGCGUGACGAAGCAGUACCUGCCUCACCUGGCGCGCCUCUGCCUCAUCAGCACCUUCCUGGAGGACGGCAUCCGCAUGUGGUUCCAGUGGAAUGAGCAGAGGGACUACAUCGAGGCCACCUGGGGCUGCGGCUACUUCCUGGCCACCUGCUUCGUGCUGCUCAACCUCUUAGGCCAGAUCGGGGGCUGCGUUCUGGUACUGAGCAGGAACUUUGUACAGUAUGCCUGCUUCGGCCUGUUUGGAAUCAUCGCACUACAGACUAUUGCCUACAGCAUUUUGUGGGAUCUUAAAUUUUUGAUGAGGAACCUGGCACUGGGAGGGGGACUGCUGCUGCUGCUGGCCGAGUCUCGCUCCGAGGGGAAGAGCAUGUUCGCGGGGGUCCCCUCCAUGGGGGAGAGCUCCCCCAAACAAUACAUGCAGCUGGGCGGGAGAGUCCUGCUGGUGCUCAUGUUCAUGACCCUGCUGCACUUUGACUCCAGCUUCUUCUCCAUCCUGCAGAACCUGGUGGGCACCGCCCUGAUAAUCCUGGUGGCGGUGGGCUUUAAGACCAAGCUGGCCGCCCUCACUCUGGUGGUGUGGCUCUUCGCCAUCAACGUGUACUUCAACGCCUUCUGGACGGUGCCCGCCUACAAGCCCAUGCACGACUUCCUCAAGUACGACUUCUUCCAGACCCUGUCUGUCAUCGGGGGGCUGCUGCUGGUGGUGGCUUUGGGGCCAGGGGGCGUGUCCAUGGACGAAAAGAAAAAGGAGUGGUGAGAGCCACCCCCUGCUGCCCCCCCCAC